AAUACUCUGGACAGACGAAAAUAAUUGAGCGGGUCGGCGAAAUAAAAAACCCAGGCUUACUAACACAUAGAACAAACACCUUUGUUCGCCGGAGUAACCUCACUCAAGGAAACACACACAUACGAACUGAGGUCGGUCGCCAUGUUGAAGCUGUCGAGGCUGCUUCUGCAAUCUUCUUCUAGGGAUUCGUUGUCCCUAAAGAGUCUGGUCAGUGAAGCUACUAUUGACCUCAAAUUACUGCGUGGCCUGACCACGCAAUCUGGGAUUUCUACUGGCAAAUCUGCUGCUAAAGUAUUUGCACCUUAUUCAAUUUACAAGGGCAAAGCUGCACUCUCCGCUGACCCUCUUCUGCCAAUGUUUACUAAAUUGCAAUCUGGAGGUUACAAAGUUGAACGCCGUGGUUCCAUUAUGUUAACCUUCUGGCCUGCUAUUGGUGAGCGCAAAUAUGAUUGGGACAAGAGGCAGAAAUUUGCUCUGUCAGCAACAGAGGUUGGGUCCCUGAUCAGUUUGGGUUCAAAAGACUCGUGUGAAUUCUUCCAUGACCCGUCAAUGCUAUCGAGUAAUGCAGGUCAGGUGAGAAAGAGUUUAUCGAUUAAAGCACAUGCUGAUGGUAGUGGUUACUUUGUUUCUCUGAGUGUUGUCAACAAUAUCCUUAAAACAAAUGAUCGAUUUGUUGUUCCUGUCACUACUGCCGAAUUUGCAGUCAUGCGAACAGCUUUCACUUUUGCUUUGCCGCACCUGAUAGGUUGGGACCAAUAUACCAAUCAGGUUCCACAUUGCGCCUCUAAAAGUUCACCUACUGCUGCUGCUGCUGCUCUUCCUCAACUUCCCAGCUCCGAGUGGGAUAGAUGAUCAUUUUAUUAUGUGCAUAUAAAAAACUGCUGAGAGACUUCAUUAUUAACCUACUUUUUUUCUGUCUAAAGAAGCAGUGUACAACUUUUGCUUCCUUACUUUAUGUAGUGAUGUUUAUUUGACUCUUGUUGUUGCCUUUCUUUAGUGAACUUUUCCGUACGAGGAGUAUCUUU